AUGGUCCUAGACAGUAUCAACACAGCCACCAACCCUCUCAAGAUGAGUCUAAUGGACGUCUCCAAGAUCUUCUCUCUGCUUCAGCCCAAGGAAGAGGAUGAGGAGGACAAUGAGCAUGGCCAGGCUCUGAACCAGGCAGUGAGCAGUGAUGACGUGGUGGUGUUAGCUGAGCUGUUGUCCCAGGAGAGCUACAGAAAGUCUAUCAACAGCAGAAGCGGCUGGGGGAUCCCUGUUACCCCCCUACGGACUGCCGCAGCACACGGACACCUGAGGUGUCUGGAACUCCUGCUGGAGCACGGAGCGGAGGUGGACAGUCUAGAUGUGAAGGCCCAGACCCCUCUGUUUACAGCAGUCAGUGGUAAACACCUGGACUGUGUUGUGGUCUUACUGAAGGCUGGAGCCGACCCCAACGGCAGCCCGUACAACAACUGUUCCCCGGUGCUGACCGCCGCCCGCGAGGGAGACGUGGAGGUCCUCAGGGAGCUGCUUCAGUUCGGAGCCGAGGUCGACGUCUGGCCCAAAGUCCCUGAGUGGGCCUCCAACGCCACAGCCUGCAGGGGACCCCUGUACAUAUCCGCUGUAUAUGGACACCUGGACUGUUUCAAGCUGCUGCUGCUCCACGGGGCUAAUCCUGACUAUAACUGUAAGUCAGAGAAGAUGCUGGCCAGGAUCAAGCAGCCCAAGACGGUGCUGGAGAUGUGUCUGAGGUAUGGCUGUGGAGUGGAAUACAUACAGCUGCUCAUAGACUUUGGGGCAGACGUGUAUCUGCCCACGCUGAUUAUUGACAAGACCACCAAGCAGAACGAAGCGGUGGCUCUGCUGCUCAAGGAGAGAGUUUGUCCCAAUACUCUGAUGUCACUGACACGGCUUGCGAUUCGGAGACACCUCCCCGUGGUUAAUAAAAUGACAUACAUAGACCGCUUGGACAUUCCCCAGAUACUGAGGAACUACCUGAAACAUCUCACAUGACCUCUAUCUCCUGACCUCUGAACUCUGCAUGAAGAUGAUGUCACAAAUGGAUACGCUAUAUGGCUGUGUCUCAAUAGCCUACAGUGGAUUCCUCUGCUUCAUCUCCACUGUUCUGAAAACACAUGAUUUCUGCAAAACUUUCAAAAAAAGUGCAACAAUUUCAUACCAUCCUCUUCUGUCUCUACUGAGUGCAUCAUGGGCUGCAAAGUCCAGUUUGUUCUGUUUCUAUUGUAGGUGUGAAUAAUAAUUAUGCCAAGUUUGCCUUUGAAUAGCUGUAGAGGUUGAAUUAGAAUAAACAUGUUUAUUUAACUUA